AUGGGUGAGCAUCGGCAUCAUCUGAAGAGGGCACGGGGUGGUGCACAAUCAGACCUCUAUUUAUCUACCAGAGACUCAUCGUCACCAAGUCCCUCAGAGACUGGGGAGUUUGGAGACUCCGAACAAAGCGACCUGCGAUCACUGGACCGCAUUGGCAUCACAGAGUUACUUGAAAAUGACAGUCGACCAACAUUCAUCAUAGACCUUGUUGCUUCUGAAAAGGAGAUUAAUGGACUCCUGAAGGUCACUUGGUCGAACAAGUCGUUGAAAUUCUUCGACGGCUUAAGGAGGGUCAUCAAUGCAGAAACUUACUAUCCUUCUCUUACCCCACCGCGCACACCCUCAGCUGCUUUAGCCGCAGCAGAGGCAGCGUUCAAGGAAUGGGCAACCAGCAUGCCUGACUUCGAUAAUGAACUUGACGGAUAUAUGCCUCGAUAUGAGUUUAAGAAUAUGUAUUGGACUUGCUGUACUCUUCGAAAACGAUGGAGAGUGAUCAGUGCCUCGCAGGUUCCAAGUCAGCGGAAGAAGAGCCACGGCACCCCUCGAUCAAGUCGCUCAAGUUCGAGAUCUGCGCCAGGCUCUAGUCGAAGCUUCAGCACUGAAAGAUCUAAUACUGACACCAUGACUUCGGAGGAGUCCGAACUCUACAAACAACUUGCUGACAGUGAGUCCAAAUUCAAAGUGAUGACGGAACUGAACCCUGUUGGGAUGUACUACCUAUCUCCAGAUGGGAAUAUUUUAUAUUGUAACGACAUGUGGUAUGAGAUCACCGGUCAUCCUCGAGGCUUGGAAGGAGAAAUGUCGUUCAUGAAUGUACUUUCCGAAAUUGACCAUCCAAUGAUGGCGGUGGAAUGGGAGAUAUUGACCACGACGAAAGCCAGACGUAACUUUGAGCUUCGCUUACGGAAGCCAUGGGUCGACGAGAUCACUAAAGAGGAGAAGCAGCGGUGGAUUCUUGCGUCCUGUGAUCAGGAGUUUGAUGAGGAUGGAAAACUCAAGACUAUCAUGGGCUGCAUAACCGAUAUCAGUAGGCAAAAGCACGCACAGGAAGAUGCUCUUCACAAAGCAGCUCUCAAGGAAGAGCUUGCCAGGACCACUGAAGAGGCGGCGCACCACGCGAAGAAUUUCCAACAAAUGGCAGAAUUGGCUCCUUGCAUGUUUACAUUUAAUAAUGAAGGCACCAUCACGUGGGCGAACCCUCUGUUCUACGAAAUGAUAGGCCACCCAAGGAACCUUGAAGAGAAUUCCCCAAUGUCCUUUCUUAACUGCGUGGAGCAGCAAGAUCGGCAAAAAUUUCAUGAGGCUUGGGAGAAGUUGACAGUCGCAAGAGAAGAAAUUAGCAUGGAACUGCGGCUGAAGAAGCCCUGGAUAGAAGACAAGGAAGGAGCAGUACGAGAUGCAAAAUGGAUCUUGUUCUUGGCUUUGCCUCAAGUCUCUGUCGACGGAACUUUGACAAAAGUUUUCGGAUGUACGACAGAUAUCUCAGGCUUCAAGCUUGCUGAGCGAAUUCAGAUGGAAAGUCGUUUGAAGGCAGAAGAAGCAAAAAAGCAACAAGAGACUUUCAUAGACAUGACUUCUCACGAAAUGCGGAAUCCUCUGAGCGCGAUCAUGCUGUGUGCUGAUGGUGUUGCCAAUUCGGUCAUCGACUAUCAAAGCACCAAAGAUCAGACUAUCGACAUGCUGCAAGAUCUCCUAGAGAACAACCUCGAUGCAGCACAGACCAUUGUUCUGUGCGCUCAGCAUCAGAAACGAAUCAUUGACGACGUUCUAACACUUUCCAAGUUGAAUUCAACCAUGUUGCAUGUUACCCCGGUCCAAGUCCAAGUCGAAUCUACAGUGAGGAGAACCUUGAAAAUGUUUGAGAGCGAAUUACAAGCACAUGAGAUUAGUAUAGACUUUACAGUAGAGUCCUCAUAUCAGCAAGAAGGUAUAGAUUGGGUCCUAUGUGAUCCUGUACGACUAACGCAGAUUUUCAUUAAUCUUCUCACGAAUGCCAUCAAGUUCACUAGGACAGAAUCCAAACGCGAAAUUUCUGUCCAUCUCGCAACCUCAAUCUUGACCCCACCAAGCGAAAUAGCAACAGAGAUUCAGUGGUUUCCAUCCAAGGCUUCUAAUGAUAUUCAAGACUUGACUCUCGCUCCUGAUUGGGGUACGGGGCAACAAGUAUACCUGUACUUCGCUGUGACAGACACAGGGAGGGGUCUUUCAGAAGAUGAGAAGACACGACUAUUUCACAGAUUCAGCCAAGCAAGCCCUAAGACUCAUGUUCAAUACGGAGGCUCUGGGCUAGGCCUCUUCAUAUCAAGAGAACUCACAGAGCUACAAGGAGGAGAAAUCGGGGUAGCAUCUCGUGAGGGAAUAGGAAGCACCUUCGCAUUCUAUAUCAAAGCUCGAAAAGCCACAGGAGUCCUAGUAGAAGCACCCAUCGGAAUCUCCUACUCACGAUUACCAACCUCCUCGAACACCGAAUCCAACGGCACCCCGCGACCAACACGACUGAAAUCCGACUAUCACAUCCUUCUCGUCGAAGACAAUCUCAUCAACCAAAAAGUGCUCAGCAAACAGCUCCGUAGCACAGGCUCAAUCGUCCACGUCGCAAACCACGGCGUCGAAGCCCUAGACUUCCUUUCCAAAACGAUCAAAUGGAAAGACACUCUACCUUCUUCUCAGAGCAAGAAAAUGGACCUCUCGCUCAUACUGAUGGAUCUCGAGAUGCCCGUUAUGGAUGGGCUGGCCUGCACCCGACGAAUUCGGGACUUGGAACGAGAAGGGAAGAUUAUUGGGCAUGUGCCUAUUAUUGCCGUGACGGCCAACACGAGGUUGGAGCAGAUGGAAACGGCGAUCGAGGCUGGGAUGGAUGAUAUUGUGGGUAAACCGUUUCAGAUCCCGGAACUUAUGCAGAAGAUGGAUCAAUUGAUGUGGAAGGGACAUUGA